CUGGAGGCUGGUUCCGGAGGGCGUGGGAUCCUGCAGAGUGAGGAUUUAAACCCCAAGGUGAUGGCAAAACAUCUGAAGUUCAUUGCCAGGACUGUGAUGGUACAGGAAGGAAAUGUGGAAGGUGCAUACAGGACCCUAAACAGAAUUCUCACCAUGGAUGGGCUCAUUGAGGACAUUAAGCGACGGCGGUACUAUGAAAAGCCUUGUCCCCGACGACAGAGGGAAAGCUAUGAAACCUGCCGGCGGACCUACAACAUGGAAAUGGCUCGAGAGAUCAACUUCUUGAUGCGAAAGAAUCGGGCAGACCCAUGGCAGGGCUGCUGAGGCUUGUGGAUUGUAGGCCCAGUAUGAAAAUCCCUCUCCAGCUGUCUCCUUCCUAUCUCAAACCCCAUUUUUUCUCCCCUUUUUUAUAA